GGAUGCGAGCUGGGCGCUGUCUGGCUAUCUUAUCAGUACUGUAAACACAGGAAGCUUUAGAGGGGGGGGCUCUGACUCUUCUCUCCUAACUCAUUCACCAGUAAGGAGUAAUUGCACAGUUUGAAGCUACUCAGUCGAGACAAUCAUGAAGGCGGCACUCAUCAAGAUAUUCGGGAGGAAGGAUGAUAAUCCCCAUGAAUCUGAAAAUAUGGACAUAUCAUCCCCCACACAGAUCUCGCACAAUGUGCAUGUUACCUACAAUGCAAAUACAAAGUCCUUUGAGGGCAUUCCAGAAGCAUGGAAAAAUUAUAUUGGGAAAGCUAUUACUAAAGAUGAAAUGGAAAGUAAUCCAGAGGCUGCCAUAGCAGCUGUAAAGUUUUGGAAGUAUUCCAUACGACGGAAGGAAACAGAUGUCAAGUUAAUACCAACUCCUCAAGUUAUUCUAGAAGAAUCUGAAGCUAUUGAGCAUAUUUUUGAAAGUGAUAAAGAUUCUGGUGAAAUAAUUGAGAAUAAUGCAUUGGCAAUUAAGCCUGUGCCAGAUGAAAUUGACAGUAAGGAACAACAGUCUCCAAACUCACUCUCUGUUACCCACAAAGGACUUGAUCAAGUUGAUAGAGCUGAAGUUAAAAAUGCCCAAAGCCCUGUACAGGUACGGAAAAGACCGAGCGGCAAAAUGACUGAUGAUGAGGUAAUGGAGCAUUUCAGACAGAUUUGUUCCCCGAGGAAUCCUGAAACAGUGUAUGAACGGGAUAAGGAACUUGGGGCAGGGGCAUCUGGAACAGUGUUCAUUGCAUGGGAGAGAGCUAGUGGUCGUCGAGUGGCAGUAAAGGAUAUUGAUCUUGACAAACAACCCAAAAAGGAACUAAUCCUGACAGAAAUCAGAGUAAUGAAAGAACUUCAACAUGAUAAUUUGGUCAACUUCCUUGAUGUAUUCCUUUUGAAUAAUCACUUAUGGGUAGUGAUGGAGCUGCUUGAUGGUGGACCUCUAACCGAUGUUGUAACAGAAACUAUAAUGAAGGAAACACAGAUUGCGGCAGUGUGCCAUCAUACUCUGUGUGGCAUAAAUUAUCUUCAUCAAAAUGGAGUGAUUCACCGAGAUAUCAAGUCAGACAACAUUCUUCUUGGAAAAGAUGGUUCUGUUAAAGUGACAGACUUUGGGUUCUGUGCCAACAUUACUGGAGAUGAGAAACGACAGACUAUGGUUGGCACUCCAUACUGGAUGGCUCCUGAGGUUGUAAAUCGCAAACAUUAUGAUAAAAAGGUUGAUAUUUGGUCCCUGGGUAUAAUGGCCAUAGAGAUGAUUGAAGGUGAGCCGCCUUAUCUGAAGGAGACACCACUACGUGCACUUUAUCUCAUUGCGUGUAAUGGGAAGCCAGACAUACCUUCGUGGAAUAAAUUGACUCCCGAAUUCCAGGACUUCUUGAGUCGAUGCCUUGAGGUUGAUAUGGAAAAACGUGCAACAGCGGAGGAGCUUCUAUCUCACAAGUUCCUUACUAAGGCAGUCAGCACAACUACUCUGAAACCUCUGAUUGAAGCUGCUCAAAGGAUUCUUGGGAAGCGUAUCAGCCAGGCCACAUAACCUUGUAAAUAUUAUAAUGAUAAGCACUAGGGAAUAUUGUCAUUUAAUACAUUUUGAUUUAUUAUAGGCACAGUUCUAUAACAUUGUGGAAAUUCUAUAUUGCUGAGCAAGUCUCUUAACGUGCAUAAAAAAUUCAAUGUUAGCUACAUUAAUAAUGUCAUUCAUCAAUAAUUCUGAGGGAUAAUUAAUGUGCUGCAGGUGAAUUGUGUAAAAAUAGAACAUUUAGGGUGAAUAUUCUUGUUCUCAAGUUAUUUGAAUAUAUAUUUUUUGGAAACUGUGUGAAUACAAAAGUUCAGCAUCUCCCUCUGAAUCUGCCUGUCUGAAACUGUUGAGAAUUGUAAUCCUCUACAAAUGGGGUUGAUUGAUGGUAUGGUUUUAAAAUAAGCCAUGCAAUGUUAUCUUUUAUCCUUAAUAGAAAUAAUAAUAUUCAUAUAUUUCAGCAUAUCUAACUGUUUAGCAAAUAAGUUUUUAAUUAUAAUUCCUGCGGCAUUUUGAUAUAUCUCGACACUUGGAAAGUGUUUUGAAAUGAUGAUGAUGAAAUUACUUCGUUUGAGCCAUUAAGGGUUCUCUGAAAAUCGAAGGUACAAGUGGGCCAUCAAACCAUUACAAGAGCUUUAAAGUUUGACAGUAAAAACAAGAUUAUUGCGUGGAAAGUUUAAAUCCAGUGAAGUAGAUGACGGGGGCUAUGCAUAAGUUUAUUGAAGACAGAAUAUACCAUUAUAUUGCAUGUAUUGGAUUAGUUUGCUAAUGCCAGUGACUGGUGUUAAUCACCAGCUACUGCAUGGGACAAAUACCAUUGUAGCUCAGUAUAUACCACAUCCUUAUACUCUGCCUUUGCAAUACCGGUGUUUAUUUAUCUUAAUUGGUGUGUUUAUUUGUUGUGUGUCGUUGCAUAAAAUAUUCAUAGAUUUGAAUACAAAAUUGUUUUCAAAUUUCCACCUAAAGCCUAUUGGGUGUCCCCCCUGCUAAUUCUCCCAUCACAUUACUCUGAAUCAGCAGCCUCAGUAUUGAGGUUUGAGGUAGGUUCCCUAUUCCUAUUAACAUAAUUACACUGCUUUUUUACUGGGAGUAGUAAUACACUGACCUUUAAACGUGAUCAUAAAGAUGAACACAUCAGAGUGGAGAGUGAUUCUCGGAGUGAUAUACAUAAACAAUAUUGUAAUUAGUUCUUGCUGUUCUGCUACUAUAGACAAAAUUUGGGAUUACCCCAUUCAUAUAUUAUUAGUAGGUGUGAAACUGAUAUGCAUUCUAGUCUUUAAAAAAUAUAAGUUUUUGAUCAUUAUUUUUUAUUUUUUCACCCACUAAUGCAGGCAUGUCAAACUGAGGGUACCCCCAAGGGCCGUAUAGAUCACAAUUAGACACUUUACUGUUCCAUUUUGGCUUUCAGAGAACCUUUGUGGCUAUUAUCAAACAUUAUCAUGGUUAUGACGCUUCUUAAAAUAUGUGCAAUGUUCAAGAUGUCGAUGCAUUAAAACCCACAUUCUUAUUGAUAUCAUAAUUGACAGUUAACAGUGUUGAAAAAUUUGCAUAAUUUCUAUUUGGAGUGAAAGGUUAUGUCACAUAACCCAUUUUUGGCAAAAAUACAGUACCCUCGGCAACCUUUUUUUUUUUUAAUUGUUGGUUAAUCGCUAUUACUUUUGUUAUCUCUCUCAUUGUUAUUGAUACUUAAAAUUUGGUGCAUACAUUACACAUUUCCAUGAUCAUGUGUUGUUUACACAGCACUUGGUUUCUAUAUAUCAUUACUGUACAUUCAAGUCUUUGGCAUUAUUCGUGAAAGCUUAAUGUCUUGAGCACUAGUAGUGCUGAGCAAGUUGUUGUUUUAUGUUGUUGUUUAAACAUGAAAAAUGUAUACUUAAUGAUGCUGCUGUAUUUUAGUAAUAUAGAUGAUACAAUAAUGACGAUAAUACCGAUAUCAAGGUAACGUAAACCACUGUUAUGUUAAAAGCUUUCAAAUUACCUUGGAAUGACUUUUCUUAAAACUUCAGCCAAACAUUGUUGGUAAAAAUGUAAUUUUUGAAAUAUUUUUUUCCCUUGAUGUGUGUGAAAGGACAAUAUUUAGCUUGCAAGCCAGUCACUUCAGCAUUUUAUAUUGUGCAUAUUAAUCUUUCUUUAUCUUCAGGGGUUAUCUGUGAAUCUUGUCAGUGGAAAUUUUAUCUUUCCAAUUCCACACAUUCUUUUACUUUAAUGCUCCCAGAUGGUUCUGUCAAAAAUCAAAUUUAGUUUUGGUUGAAAAUGGGGACCAUCAUCAUAGCAGAAUAAGAAUAACAAAUGAUAUGAUCACCACAUACAAAAUUGUGACAUCAACAGAAUUGAUAAGGAGGAUUUUUUUUAAAUUGCAAUAUUGAGAACAAGAAGCCUAGUUCAAACUAGAGAAAAGAAAUUUAUGUACUCUGUAAUUUUUUAUGCAUAUAUUUUUGUUAUCCCGAGUGAUAGACAAAUUGAAUAAAUUUAAUAAGAACUUAGUGUUUGUCAGCAUCAUUAGAGGAUUCUAACAUUGUAUGGCAUAAAUUAGAGGGAUGAUAGGACAGCUUAAGCGUAGCUUUCAUCCUGUAGCAAUAGUAAACGUUGGUAAUUACACGAAUUGUCAUUGAGAGAGUUAAGUUGAAAAGAAUAUUUCUUGGUAAAUUAUAGUUAAUAUAGUACUUUUAUUUUCAGAUGUUUUAAGUAAUAUGAUGAAGGGAAGAGAAUGACUUGAAGGAAAUGUAUAGUAAUUUUGUUAUUACUAGUAAAAAUAUUUUUGCAUUGACCACAAGUCAUUCAUAAACAGAACCUAGAGCAUCUCUCGCCUAUAGUUCUCCUACUUUGUUAUAAUACCAAACUAAGUCAUUCUUUGGUUUUCUUUCUCUGCUGAUAUGAUCUAUUAUAUACUCUAAAGUAUACUCACUCACUCCUCCUAAUAUAGUUGUAAUGGUGUGGUGCUUUCUGAUAGUUCCCUUCCACUUCCACCAUCUCUUAUGAUAAAUAUUCUAUUUAUUUCUGCUGCUCUUUCCUAUAAAGCGACAGUUUUGCUUCAUGCAGGUCGGCGUUCAAUCCCCAACCGUCAAAGUGGUUGGGUACCAUCCCAUCCCUUCAUUCCAUCCUAAAUUCUUAUCCUGACCCCUUCCAAGUGCUGUAUAGUCAUAAUGGCUUGUCUGUUUCUCCUGAUAGUUCCCUUCCCCUUUUUAAGAAAUGUGGGAAUGACUUACUCUUGCUUGGGAAGCUGGUAUCGCAUCCAACCCAUCCUCCUAAGGUGUCGCCACGGUCAAGAAACCGUCAUACUAAAGUCCCUUAUCCUAAUCUACCAGAGGACCCAAAACAGAAAAUGAGACAGUAUGUCAGUUUUGCGAGCCGUUAGCAUUUUCUAGUGCGACAAUUUUUGGCCUUGGGUAGAGUAUACGUCAAAUGCAACAUUCUAUUAGGAGGACGGGUUGUCUCAUCACUGAUUAGAAAAGUGUAAAUUACUUGAUAGAGAUUUCCAAACAUUUUAAGAUUCACAUAAAUUUUUAUAUAUACAUUCCAUCUACUGGACCUCUUAUUAUAAUUUGUAUUCCAUAUUAUUUUUUAAAUUUACUGUAAACAUCAUAUAAAAUGCUCAAUAGAUAUAAGCAGAAAAUCAAAUUAGGGAGUUUUCUUACUGUUAUUGCUGAUUUUUAGUGAUAAGUUGCUUCCUAUCAGGUGUCUUGCAACCAUCUAAAUUCUGAGAAGUUUCACUGUUAAUUUCCAAAAAUCUCUGAAGUUUUAGUUGUAUAAAAUAUAUUUUGUUAUUCUUUUCUCAUUUAAGCUCCAACAGCUAGUCCUUGAAUUGUGGCUUGAAAGCUGUAAAAUUGGAGCUGUAAAAUAGGAAGCUUAAAGAUGGUAAGGGGGAAAAAUUCAUCCCUCAGUUUAGCCUAGCUCAGUUUAAAUAUAAAUUUGUAUUUCAUAUUCAUUUGCAGCAGUACUCUAUUACUCACACACAGCUCAUUUUUUGGUGAUUUGAAGUAUAGUUAUGUAAUAUAAUAAAUUUUGAUGCAUUUCUUUAAGGGCA